CUGGGAGAGUGGUGCGCGCUGGACUUUUACAGGUGCGUGCGAACGAAAGACCCCCGUUGGUUGGCAGCUCCGGCUGUAGAAAACAUGCCAGGUCUCAUGCGGGAGCACUUGGCAGAAGUAAAUGCCACCUUUACACCUUGCCACUGUUCCUUUCGUUAUGUGCAAAUUUGGGGCGUUCAGGCCCAGUCUUUUUCUUUCCUUGUGUUUUCUUGCGGAUGUGUUUUUUGUUUAAAGAGAGUUCCUCUAUGUUUUGUGUGCCGACUUUUCUUGUUUAAGUGACCUUCGCUGAGAGCUUGAAAGCAUGGUUUCGCCCGCCCACUUCCAACCAAGGGUGGCUUCUGUAUCGCAACGUCGAUGGGGUCACUUUGUGGAGAGUUUUCACUUUGAAGAGCGCAUGGAGUUCAAUGAGGGUGACAUUGGUUUGGCUGGCGGGAUUCAGAUCUUGGAGCCUGCAAACCUCAAUCCCACCAAUGUGGACACAAUCAGGAGAUAUGGUGGCUCCACUUCACCAGACAUGCCCUGGCCAGAGGAGCACGACGAUGAUGAAGACUGUCGCAUCGAACGCUUGGAAAAGAUCAUGUCAAGAGCCAUGAAGAAGAUGGACAAGAACGGAACCCGUUUGGGACCUUCCUCCCAAGGCUCCAGUGCAUCAUCCGGGAUGAGCAGCCAGAGCAGCCAUGAUAGCCAGCAUGAGUAGAGAAGCCCGCAGGAAGCAAGGAAACGAUGACUUGCAUUGUCCUUUUCAGAAAAUGACAUUAAACAGUUUGGGAGACGAAGAUAUCCUUCGUCUCGCUUACAUGUAUCGUCGUAUGCAUUGUUGCACUGUUUCAAUGGCUGUGCAGAAGCUGACAAGAGCUUUUUGCAUCGCCUUCCAGUUCGCCAGUUCCGAAUUGCCAGUUCUGUGGGUCACAAGCUGCCCAGAGAAGCUGGCGAGCGCCAAAUGCGCGUCUUGCAAGCUGUAAGCUUGUUAUGGUGAGAAAGCAAAGAGUUUUUCUUCUAUUGGAGGGUGGGUAGGCGCUGCAGUUGCUUAACUAAGCCUUUUCAAAGUAGAGGCUCUACUAGCUGAGGGCAGGGAGCGUCCUCGAAGAAACCUGAGCCUUUAUGAUUUGGUUCCCAGAUGCCCUUUGCUCCUAGUAGCUUCUUGCUCCUAGUAGUAAGGCCAGGAGCCCCUAGUAGCGUUCUUGUUCCGUUCUUUCUUUUAUGUUCUUCCUCUUUCAAUCUUCAGGCCUUUCUUCCAUUUCUUGUCAUGUGGUUUCCUUUUCUUUCUUCAGAUGGUUCCUUUUGAUGUUCAUGAUUUGCUUUCUGCAGCACAAGCCUCGGAAAAUUGGAUGGAGGAAUGACCUCCAAGACUAAAAGCAGACCUAAGGCAGGCCUCUGAUAAAGCAUUCGAAGAGAGAAAAAUGAAAAAGAUCGUUAAAAACAUGGGAACAGGAAAGACAAAUCUAUGGACAAUGAUGGAUCAUUGCUUCUUGAGUAGCAUUUUUGGGCUCAAGUGUGAAGAUUGCAAGCAUUUGCAGAGCUAUGGUCAUCGAUGUUAUUGUGCGCAACAAGUCUGACUGGCGUGCUCUUCGGGUCUGUCAGCCCGAUGUGUGGGUGCCGAAGAAUCAGCAAAGAACAUGUAAAGUGACACCUGGCGGGUGGGUGGACAUUGCCUAUUGUGACCGGAAAGGUGUUGCAUGGGAGACAACUUGUUGCAUUCCACAUAGCGAAUGAAGAUGACCAGAGGGAGGCAUUUAAGAACUGAGCUGCAACUUUUAAGGCUCGUCAUGGUGUGGCGGGGCCUUGCAGAAACCCCAGCACCUUUGUUCAGUUUGUAGCUGACGUGCUAGACUUACCUCUCGCCUCUAUGGCUCGAUGAGAAAAGUCUGUUGCAGCUUUGCAACAGUGCGGUCGUUAUACUCAAA